CCCACUAAUGCUAGCCAUUCUUUUUUUUUUUUCCUCUCUAAAAUGCUAGUGGUUCUCUCUCACCCCACUCUUUACUCUUCCCUUUAUGCUUUAGACUUUUCUUCUUUGGUGGGUUGUGUGUGGAUGUUAGCAGCUUAAACAAAGGGUAAAACUUCAGCAAUAAUAUGGGGAGCGAUGGACAAAGAAACUAACCAAGAAAAUCCCUCUCACCUUCCAAACAACAUUACCACCACCACCACCAUCACAACCACCACCGUCACAGCUAAGGAAGAGUCUCCGAGAAAACCUCUCGGCUCAAGCGGUGGCGGCGGUGGUACUAAUAACAUUGGUGGAAGUGGUGGUGGUGGUGGUGGUGGUGAUAGGUUAAAGAGAGAUGAGUGGAGUGAAGGAGCAGUAUCAAGCCUUCUUGAAGCCUAUGAGAAAAAAUGGGUUCUUAGAAACAGGGCAAAGCUUAAAGGCCAUGAUUGGGAAGAUGUUGCUCGAUAUGUUUCAUCAAGGUCUAAUUCAACAAAAUCACCAAAGACUCAAACACAGUGCAAGAACAAGAUCGAGUCCAUGAAGAAAAGGUACCGAUCAGAGUCUGCCACUGCCGAUGCUUCUUCUUGGCCUCUAUACCCUCGUCUUGAUCUUUUGUUACGUGGAAAUGGACCGUCCCCGGUGGCGUUGGCGGCUACGGCUGCUUCCGUAGUACCGCAGCCUCAAAAUCCGGUACCGGCUGCUGUACUACCUGCUCCUCCUCCACAACCUCCGAACCCUCCAUUGAUGCUGUUGGAACCUUCGCCUUUGGUGCCUCAUCAACCACCACCACCACCACAACCACCACUAUCUUCUCUAGCUCCACCUCCUCAUGGAGCCCAACAAAAUUCCGAUGGAUCAAAUGGUGUUGGAAGGACAAAGGAAGAUGGAGCUGGAAUAAACUUAUCGGACAAUGGAUCGGACAAAAACAAUCCUCAAGUAAUAGAGACAGAUAGCAGCACACCGGCACUCUACAGCGAGAAGGAAAGGUUGAGAACCAAGAAAAUGAAGAUGAAAAUGGAGAAGAAGAAUGUGAAAAGGAGAAGGAAGGAACAGUAUGGAGUGGCAGAGAGCAUCCGAUGGCUAGCCGAGGUGGUAGUGAAGUCGGAACAAGCAAGAAUGGAGACAAUGAGGGAGAUAGAGAGGAUGAGAGUGGAAGCUGAGGCUAAGAGAGGAGAGAUGGACUUGAAGAGAACUGAGAUCAUUGCUAAUACCCAGUUGGAGAUUGCAAGGCUUUUUGCAGCUGGUGUUGGUAAAGGUGUUGAUUCUUCACUCAGAAUUGGAAGAAAUUGAUGAUGAUGAUGAGGAAGACACUCUUUUUAUGUAUAGAAUCCAAUUUAUAUAUGAAAAAAAAAGACACUGAGAAAUGAAAAGGAGGACCUUUUACUUGGAGGGAAAUGUGAGGGAGAUUUUAGAUUAACUUGUAAGAUGGGUAAUUAAUAAGUAGUUUAAAUUAAGUAAACUAUAUAUAUAUAUAUAUAUUGAAGGUCAAAUAACAUCCCUGUCUAUCCAACUCAUUGUAACGUUCUCUUUGAUCAAGCAAAGUCAGUGUUAAUUUUACA